AUGGCUAGGAUUAAUAUUAAAAAAUAUAUAACUGAUCAUCAUAUUGCGUUUGAAAAAAUAAUGGUUCGUAUUAAUAAGGGUUUGAUAAGUGAUUCUGAGAACUUCAACAUGUAUAGAUACAUCUCAGAACUUGGAUUUAGAACACCAGCAAUCAUUAAUUCUCUCAAAAUAUUCAUUAGAGAUUUCAAAGAUGUGCCAUCUGUCUCAGUAACCAGAUUAAAUUCCGAACAAAUCUACUCUGCUCUUGAGAUCCAUUCUCUACCCUGGCAGCCAUCAAGUGACUCUUCAAAGCUUGUCAAAGAAUUCAAAUUCAACUCAUUCAAGGAAACUUUUGCAUUCAUGGGAUCAAUUUCCACAAUCGCCGAUGAAAUGCAUCAUUAUCCAAAGUGGACAUAAAAAGAAAACGUAGUUACUGUAGAGAUAACAACACCUGAGUGUUCCGGAGUUUCUGUAAAAGACAUUCUUUUGGCUUACUCAAUGGAAUAAUUGGCAAAUGAAGUCUCAUCUACCUAAAUUGCAACUGUAUGCGACGGGCCAAAGGUUAUUGACACUUAAAUACUACAAAAUUGGAAUUCAAACUUCUCUAAGACUGAGGAAAUGCUCCAAAGUUUUUAGAAGACUACAGCUCAACUUUGAUUUUAUACCCAAUAUAUAAUAAUUUCUUUAGAUUAUUUACAUAAUUAA